AUGGGCAGCAACGCUGACCAGGCUAUUGCAGCCAUCAUCGCCAGCUUCCCCUCAAAUGAAUCAACAGACAUCUUCCUCGACUUCGCCUCGCAAGAUGGCCUCCCCUACGGCAUCACCUCCAUGAAAACUCGCCUCGCCCUUAACCUCAAGGGCCAUCCCUACACCACCCGCUUCCUCUUAUACCCUCAGAUCUGCCCUGUCCUCUCUUCUCCACCGCUUUCUCUCCCUCCUCGUCCUUCCCCUCCGUCCAUUGCUCCGUACACCCUGCCCACCGCGCGUAUUGCCGGGACCUGGAUCACCGAUUCGCUCUCCAUUGCCCGUGCUCUCGAAGGUGCCUAUCCAGAUGCGCCGUCUUUGCGACUUGAAUCCCAAGCGGACCUGAUACAGACUGUGGAGUCCUUGGUUAUGAAGAUCGCAACCCCACUGGUGGCGAUCUUCCUGCCCGCGGUGUGCAAGAAACUGCUCCCAGGACCGAGUGCAGAGUAUGUCAGGCGCACGCGGGAACCAAUGCUGGGCAAAGUGGAGGUUCUAGAGGAGAGGGCAAGACGGGAAGGCGAGGAGAUGUGGAAGGCGGCGGGGGGCCCGGGGCGGGAGCUGGCGGGGUUGGUGAGGAGCGGGUGGAAGGGGGCAAAGGGGAAAGGGCCGUUCUUAGAGGGAGACGUGCCUGGGUAUGCGGACUUGAUUGUGGUGGGAUUUCUUUGGUCUACAAAGCGGCACGGGGAGGAAUACUUUGAACGGGUGGUGGAAUGGGAUCAGGAGGUCUUUGGCGGGCUGUGGGGAGCGUGCGAGAAAUGGAUGGAGAAGGUGGAUUGA